CGAGAAUCAACGAACGACGUUAAAAACCACCGUUUAAUCUGACGGCUAUAAUGACGCGUCCCAUGAAUCCGUCAUCUUGGGUUUGUAGUAGUAGUAGUAUAUAUCUUUUAUAGCCUUCCACAAAAGUUUCUCUCUCCUCUUCCCAAAACCCAGAUUUGAUUUCAGGCUACAUAUACGUACAACAAACUUAUAACUUCCUUUCCCCCUUUUCUUUCUCUCUCUAGAUUUCUACCUUAUAGAAUAAAUCUGAAUAAAUUAUUUUUUAUUCUUUUUUGCCCUUUUCCUUUUCCUCUGAGAAUUAUCAUUGUUAUUAUUUAGUAACAGAGUUUCUAGGGUUUGAGAGAAGCCUCCGGUGAGAGAGAGAGAGAGAGAAAAGAAGAAGGAAAGAAUGCAAGGCAACAGCGGUUCUUCCGAGUCGAAAGAUAGUAAUAACACUGGACAGAACAGCAACAAUAAUCCCACUGAUAAUAAUAAUAGUAACGGCAGUAAUAAUGUUAACAACAAUCAUCUGAGUAGCCAGCCGCAGCCGGCGGUGGCGGCGGCGGCGGCGGUGACACCAGCAGCUGUGGCGCCGCAGCAGCAGUGGGUGGCGAUGCAGUACCCGGCGGCGGCGAUGGUAAUGCCACACCAUAUGAUGCCGGCCCCGCAUUUUCCACCUCACUAUAUGCCGUACCACCACCACCACCUCCACCAUCCUCCUCAGCCGCAGCCGCAGCAGCUACAGCCACCUCAGCAGCAACAAGGCGGAGGCGGCGGAGGAGGAGCAGGAUCCAACGGUGAGAAUCGGACGAUCUGGGUUGGUGACCUUCAUAAUUGGAUGGAUGAGGAUUAUCUCCGCACCUGCUUUGCUUCCACUGGAGAGGUUGCCUCAAUUAAGGUCAUCCGCAACAAACAAACAGGCUUUUCAGAGGGAUAUGGAUUUGUUGAGUUCUUCUCACAUGCUGCAGCUGAGAAAGUUUUGCAAGCAUAUUCUUGCAUUGCUAUGCCUAAUACGGAACAACCUUUCCGUCUGAAUUGGGCUACAUUUAGCACAGGGGACAAGCGUUCAAACAACGGUUCUGAUCUAUCCAUUUUUGUAGGAGAUUUAGCUGCUGAUGUUACUGAUAGCCUAUUGCUUGAAACUUUUGCCAAUAAAUAUCCUUCUGUUAAAGCUGCUAAAGUUGUAAUUGAUGCAAAUACUGGACGUUCAAAGGGUUAUGGUUUUGUAAGGUUUGGAGAUGAUAAUGAGAGAUCUCAAGCCAUGACUGAAAUGAAUGGUGCAUACUGUUCAAGCAGGGCCAUGCGCAUUGGUGCUGCAACUCCUAGGAAAUCAACUGGAUAUCAACAACAGUAUUCUUCACAAGGUGGAUACUUCAAUAGUCCCUCUGGACAUGGCUCUCAAUCAGAUGGAGAUUCUCCAAAUACAACAGUUGAUUCCAUUCUUCUUACUUUCCUUUUCUUUCUUUACCGUUUUCCUCAUCUAACUUAUGAUAGUUGUAGAUAUUUGUUGGAGGGCUGGAUCCAAAUGUCAGUGAUGAAGAUCUGAAGCAGGCUUUCUCCCAGUACGGUGAAAUAGUAUCUGUGAAAAUUCCAGUUGGGAAAGGGUGUGGAUUUGUACAAUUUGCUAACCGAAAUGACGCUGAGGAAGCAUUGCAGAAGUUGAAUGGUACCACCAUAGGAAAGCAAACUGUGAGGCUCUCUUGGGGUCGUAAUCCUGCAAAUAAGCAGGUUAGUACUCUUUCCCCCCUCCCCCCCAAUCACUCAAUCUCUCUCCAUUUGCUACUUCGAAGUGGUUUCCUUUCCGACUCACAUAUUGGGACAACUUAGCAAACAUCGAUUUCACCUCUAAAAGUUCUGAAACAUAUAAGAGACCUUCUAUAUGAUCGUGACACUUGUAUCUGCUGUGAUUCCGGGUACUUUUGAGUGAUUGAGUAGAAGCUAAAGGUUAUGCUGUGCUUUGUUUUCCAAUGUGCUGAGCGACCCAUAUUAUAUCUUGUUUAUGCUUCUUUUGUUGGAUUCUUUUCAUUACAUUAAGUUUAUCUUGCAAAUAAAAAAUAUAUAUAUAAAAAAAUAGUAUGCCAAUAUUAUAUUUAGCUUUUUGAGGUUCACAAUUUUAAUGGACUUUGUAAUUGACUGGCCAUAGCUAUUUUCUUACUUGGGAUAAGCUUGGUUUUUUGCAGGUGAGAGGUGAUUUCGGAAAUCAGUGGACUGGGGCAUACUAUGGAGGACACUUUUACGACGGGUAUGGCUAUGCGAUUCCCCCACCCCAUGACCCGGGCAUGUACGCAGCAGCAGCUGCAGCUUAUGGAGCGUAUCCCAUGUAUGGAACCCACCAGCAACAAGUGAGCUGAGUAGAACUGCUCGUGCUUCCUCUGUGUUGGUUAGAGUAAUGUUGCUUGGGAAGUUAGAAAUCCUCUUAAUUCCCUCCAGAUUCUGGGGAGGAAACUGAAUUUUGAGUAGAAAAGAAAUGAGGUAGUUUCUCUAAAUAGGGGGUUUGAUUAAAACAUUCGUUUAGAAGUGUGGUGGAUUUUAACAAAGGGUGGGGACUUCUUAAUUUGAAUAAAUCAUGGUGUGACAUUAGUAUUGCGAGUACAUUGGUUGCCACGAUACUUUAUGGAAAAUGUUACUGAAAUCCAAACAUGAUUCUGUAGUGUUUGUGAUUGUGAUUGUUGACACAUAACUAGUUACAUUCUUUACUCUCCACAAGCCUUCUCAGGCAUCUGCUUUGGGAAACUUCCCUGACCGGAAAACCAUCCCCCCGUGGUUAAAUUCCGUUCACUGCUUCAACAUUCGGUUGAAACAUUUGAUGAGUCAUAUUAACAGUAUGGAUUUUUCCUUUUUUAGAGAGGAGAAGAGUAUGGAUGGACG